AAGUCCCAAAGGAAACCCUCAAACACCGAGUAUAAAUAAACACCGCCACAAGCACAAGAAGAUCCCAUCAUCUUCUUCUUCUUCAUCAGCAUCCUCCCCUCCAUCCCUCCUCCACCUUCCUCCCUCUGUCUCUCGCGGCGCCCGCCCUCCAAGAAUGGGGAGCUCGGAGAAGAACGGAACUGCUUAUGGCGAGUACACCUAUGCGGAGCUUGAGAGGGAGCAGUACUGGCCAUCUGAGAAGUUGAGAAUAUCGAUAACCGGAGCUGGUGGCUUCAUUGGAUCCCACAUUGCUCGCCGCUUGAAGAGCGAGGGGCAUUACAUCAUCGCCUCCGAUUGGAAGAAGAACGAGCACAUGACUGAGGACAUGUUCUGCCAUGAGUUCCACCUUGUUGACCUUAGGGUCAUGGACAACUGCCUGAAGGUCACCAGCGGUGUCGACCAUGUGUUCAAUCUUGCUGCUGAUAUGGGUGGUAUGGGUUUCAUUCAGUCCAACCACUCUGUGAUCAUGUACAACAACACCAUGAUCAGUUUCAACAUGCUUGAGGCAGCACGCAUCAAUGGUGUGAAGAGGUUCUUCUAUGCCUCAAGUGCAUGUAUUUACCCUGAAUUCAAGCAGCUUGAAACUAAUGUGAGCUUGAAGGAAUCUGAUGCCUGGCCUGCUGAGCCUCAAGAUGCCUAUGGCUUGGAGAAGCUUGCAACUGAGGAGCUGUGCAAGCACUACACCAAGGACUUUGGCAUUGAGUGCCGCGUCGGUCGUUUCCACAACAUAUAUGGCCCUUUUGGAACAUGGAAAGGUGGCCGUGAGAAGGCACCAGCUGCAUUCUGCAGGAAGACUCAGACUUCUGUCGACAGGUUUGAGAUGUGGGGUGAUGGUCUCCAGACCCGAUCCUUCACAUUCAUAGAUGAGUGUGUUGAGGGUGUUCUGAGGCUGACGAAGUCGGACUUCCGUGAACCGGUGAACAUUGGAAGCGAUGAAAUGGUGAGCAUGAACGAGAUGGCUGAAAUUGUUCUCAGCUUUGAGGACAAGAAGCUGCCCAUCCACCACAUCCCUGGCCCUGAGGGUGUCCGUGGUCGUAACUCCGACAACACCCUCAUCAAGGAGAAGCUUGGCUGGGCACCCACAAUGAAGCUCAAGGACGGCCUGAGGAUCACCUACUUCUGGAUCAAGGAGCAAAUUGAGAAGGAGAAGACCCAGGGCGUCGACAUCGCGGGUUACGGCUCAUCCAAGGUUGUGUCCACCCAGGCCCCAGUUCAGCUGGGCUCCCUCCGUGCUGCCGAUGGCAAGGAGUAAGCAGAGCUUCUACACAAAAGGAGAGUGAGUGACAGAGAGCUUCACUUCGCUUCAGAAUUCUCAGAUAGCUCACAGAAUUCUUGGGGAAUCUUGGAACCAAUAACUUAUAUGUAGUACAUGGGAUAUCUUUCAAAAGUGUUACUCGAGGUUUUUCUUCUUUUCAUUUUUUUCCCCUUGUGCCGCGCCGUCUUGCUGGAAAUUCUUCAUACGAAUUACAUUUGAUGAGAUGAACAAUGAUGAUACAAUGGGAAUGCUGCGCAUUUCUCUUAUGAAUAGAUGCUGUGUUUCUUUCUU